AUGGCCACAACAUCGAAACCGUUCGUCGCGACACUCCGGAAAUCACCACACGAAUUCCUUCAACCUUCCUUGCCCCUCUACACGGAUGCCAUCGCAUACUUGAAGAACUUCCUGGACCCACUAGCACAGGAUGUCAGCGCUGAGCAACAGCAACGGCUGAAAGAAACGCGCAAGAAACGCAAACGAGGCCAACCGGGUGGAGACGAGGAGGUCCUGCGUCUCAAGCAGCUUCAUACUGACGGCUUUGGCGUCGAGCAAGUUUGGGAGCAAGCGAGACGGGUUAUUGAUGCUGCGCGGGACGAGGCUGAGCGAGAAUACGAGCUGGCACGACAGCAAAGUGCUGAGGCUGAUGAUGUGCCCAGUGGGAGAAAGGCAGUGAAGUUUGCAGAUGAGCCUGAAGAGGACGACGAGGCUGGCGACAGCGAGGACCUGGGCGUGGAAGGGGUAGACUUUGAGGUCGAAGGCAUAGAUGAUGGCGAAGAGGACUGGAGUGACGAGGAUGAAGAAGGGAGUGACGAUGACGGCGAAGGUGAAGACGCUCUUCAAGAUGCUCUUGACGGAGAGGACAUGGACAUGGAUAUGCACGACGACUUCGACAACAUGAAUGAAGAUGGAGAGUCUGAAGAAGAAGCACCGGAGCUUGUCACCGACAAAUUUGGACUCAAUGAUGGCUUCUUCUCCAUUGACGAUUUCAACAAGCAAUCGGAAUUCCUUGAGCAGCAAGAUGCGCGUGGCGACGAUGAUGGAGCUGCCAGCGAUGAAGAAGACGUUGACUGGGAUGCUGAUCCGCUCGGAAAGGGUGCAGGAGCUGUCAUCACAGACGGCGACGACGCUGAAGCUGGUGCCGACGGUUCCGAAGACGAGGAAGGCGGCCCAAUAUUUGGCGAUCCAGAUGCGCCUAGCRAGGACGAAGAUGAAGACCUAGAUGGCGGGGAUCUUGAUGGCAUGGGAGGYAUGGGCAACACCAACGAUGUCAUGUAUAAGGACUUCUUCGCUCCACCCGCACAGAAGAAGAAGAAGAACAAGAAAGGCCGGCCGAACCCACACAAUUUCCCGGCCAAAACUAUGGAUCCGGAAGAAGACGCACAAGAUAUGACACGCACUAUGGAAGCCGUGCAUCGCGAUUUGUUUGAAGAUGGCGCCUCCGAAGAGGAGGAAGAAGAAGAGGACGAGGAGCAGCAGGCAGCUUUCGACCGUGCCGAACCUCGUUCUCGCCGCUCUGCACAUGAGCGCCGCAAGGCUGAGCUGGCCGAGGAGAUUCGUAAGCUAGAAGCUGCUAAUGUAGCCAAGCGCGAAUGGACCUUGUCUGGAGAAGCGCGCGCAGCAGAUAGACCCAUGAACUCUCUCCUCGAACAGGACCUGGAUUUUGAGCGGGCCGGUAAACCUGUGCCUGUCAUCACGGCGGAAGUAAGUGAGAGCAUUGAAGAGCUCAUMAAACGCCGCAUUCUCGCUCUGGACUUCCAAGACAUUCCUCGACGUCGACCGGAUGACCUCGCAACGGGCAAGGAAGGAAGGCGCGGCGCCCAGAAUUUCGAGCUUGACGAUUCGAAGAGCAAAAAGGGUCUUGCYGAGGAGUACGAAGAGGAGCAUCUCAAGCGUACAGACCCGAAUUUUGUGGAUGUCAAGGACGAGAAGCUCGCGAAAGAGCAGAAAGAAAUUGAAGCUUUGUGGCGGGAGGUCUCUGGGCAGCUCGACAGUCUGAGCUCAUGGCAUUUCCGGCCUAAGCAAGCUGCACCACAGCUUGACAUCCGCGUCGAUACACCGGCCGUGGUCAUGGAGGAUGCUCGGCCGAGUGCUGGCGGGGACGUGGCGGGUGCGAGUCAAUUGGCACCGCAGGAGGUCUACAAGGCCGGCGAAGCGACUGAGAAGGGUAGCAAUACAGAGGUUGUGGGUAAGAGUGGAUUGCCCGCUGGCCGCGAGGAACUGACGAAGGAUGAGAGGAAGAGGAGGCGGAGGAGAGAAAAGGAAAGAAUCAGGAAGGCGGGAGGAGCGGAUGGCGAUAAGAACGAGAGCAGGGCAAAGAAAGACAAGAAGGCCAUGCUGGGAGAUCUCAAGCGUGGUGGCGUCAAGGUCAUUGGUAAGAAGGGCGAGGUGCAGGACGUUGACGGGAAAGUUGCGAGGAAGGAAAGCGGUGGACAGGGGGCAGCAAAGUAUAUGCUGUAG